AUGGAUACAGAACAUGACAUUUUGCUGGAGCAGAUUCGACAAUUUUGCCCUGAGCUGCCCGCGGCCACAGCCGGCCCAAUCACACUUUGGGCUCCGAAGCAAGACCCGGACAGACCCAGCCUGCCCUACAUACCGGGCUUCACGGUGCAGAUCGAGCCUCAUGAAGCACCUCCACCGUUUGGUGACGAGAAUGACUACGGCCCCUGGCCCCGCAAGGCGCCUUCAGACCUCGAGACCACGACGCAGAGCGCCCUUGUUGUUUCACACCCGCCGCUGGAGGCGGAUUCGACCACACCCACUGCCAUCUCUACACCACAGUCACAGCAGGAACAAACCGCACAACUCGCUGUCUCUUCAUACAUUCGUGUCGGCUGUGGCCAUGGCGCUCAGAUAGUCCGUUGCACCGUUUCACCACCGGGCCGGGCGCCGUUACAGGCCGUUGCAAAGAUCUUUGAUGCACUUUACUACCGCUUCACGCAUGAUCUAGCCCGGAUACCCCGCGACGUCACAGCUCGAGCAGAUAUGGACUAUACCAGGGAGGUUGCUGCUUACAAGCGCCUCAUGUCCUGCGGGGAGACCGGCAGAGGUGUCCCAGAGUUCUAUGGAUCGUGGACUUUCAAGCUGCCUAUCACAAUCCAAGGAGUUGCAUAUCAGAGGCCUGUGCGAGUGCUCCUGAUUGAGCACAUUGAAGGGCUGGAUUUGCACGGCUCGCUCAUCCACAAUGACUACCUCGACUACAGCCGCCUGGAUGCAUUCCACCUGCCGGAGGACUACCGCCUCGAGGUACUGGCGCGACUCCUGGAUAUCCAUGCGCGUUGUAUGCACUGGGGCGUUAACCAUGGGGAUCUAGACAGCCGCCAUGUCAUGCUCGUUGCCGAUACCCGCGCCAGACUCAGCAGCGGCAACAACGCUAGCAUUCCUGUCCCACGCGUUGUGCUGGUUGAUUUCAACGUGUCUACGGUUUAUAGCUGUACCCUUAUGGGGAAACACCGUCUUGAGAGCCUGGCCUACCCGGUGAACCCUAUGGAACUCUUUUGGGAUUGGUCUCUGGCUGUUGACUUUGAAGGAUGGGCCCCUCGAGAGUGGCAAGAGUCUGAGAGAUUCCAGCAGGAGUGGCUCCUGCGGAGAUUUGGGGGCGAAGAGCAGAGUGCCUUAUACGAACCUGUGACCAAGGAGCUGAAGUUUAGCAAAUAA